AUGGUUCUCGAAAAAGACACAGAGCAGGCCACGAGCCCCGAGACUGCCACGCCCCCUGCGGAUGUGGCCAGCUCAGACGGCAGCGCCACCACCGGGCGGCCCGUCAAGUUCAUGGGCGCCAUGGGCCACAAGCUCACGGUGAUGCAGACACUCUUCAUCGUGAUGCCGUCCUUCAUCUGCUUCGGAUACAACCAGGCUGGCUUGGGUGGGCUGAUCACCAUGGAGGACUGGGCCAAGACGUUCCCUCAGAUCGACACCAUCAACGUCACGGGCAGCGAGAAGAGCGCCCACUCGACGCUUCAGGGCUUCGUCGUCGCAACCUUUGUCAUUGGCGCCAUGAUCGGCGCCCUGUCCUGCUCCUGGUCGGGCGACAAGUUCGGCCGCCGAAAUGUUAUCUUCGUCGCCGGUGUUGCCUCGCUCAUCGGCAUCAUCCUGGAGGCGACCGCCUUCUCCCUCGCACAGCUCAUCGUCGGCCGUAUCCUGGUGGGCUUCGGCGUCGGCCAGCUCAGCUCCAUCGUCCCCGUCUGGCAGAGUGAGACCGCGGGAGCCAGCAACCGUGGCCGUCACGUCGUCAUCGACGGGCUCUUCAUCUGCAUGGGUUACACUCUCGAGUCGUGGAUCAACCUUGGCUUCUUUGAGUUCAAGACCGGCCCCGUCACCUGGCGCCCACCGAUCGCCAUCGCUGUUGUCUUCUCGGCAGUCAUCAUUGCUUGCAUCUACCUCCUGCCCGAGUCGCCGCGAUGGCUCGUGAUGAAGAACAGGACCGAGGAGGCCCGCCGUGUCAUUGCUGCCUUCAGGGCCAAGCCACUGGAUGCCAUUGAGGUCCAGACCGAGCUCCAGGGGAUCGAAUACUCGCUCGAGGAGAAGACCGGACACAAGGUUAAGUUGACCGACAUGCUCUCUAUGGGAGAGGACAAGCUUCUUUACCGGUUCGGUCUUUGCAUGCUGCUGCAAUUCUACCAGCAGAUGUCGGGUACCAACCUCAUCUCUGUGUACGCAACCAUCAUCUUCCAGUCCAACCUGGGAAUGUCCUCGGAGAACGCCCGCGCCCUUACUGGAGGCGCGCUGACCUGGAAGUUCCUGUCGUCCUUCAUCGCCUUCUUCACCAUCGACCGCCUCGGGCGCCGUGCCGUCUUCAUGAUCUCUGGAGCGGGCAUGUGCGCCUGCAUGAUUGCCCUGGCCAUCACCACGUCCAUGGGCUCCGAGAACCAGCCGGCCCAGAUCGCCGCCGGUGUCUUCAUCUAUCUCUUCAACACAUUCGUGCCCAUCGGCUUCCUCGGCGCCAACUUCCUGUACUGUACCGAGGUUGCGCCCAUCCGCCUGCGCAUGGCCAUGUCUUCCAUCUCCACGGCGAACCACUGGCUCUGGAACUUUGUCAUCGUCAUGAUAACCCCAGUCGCGAUUGACACCAUCGGGUGGCAGUACUAUAUCGUUUUUGCCGUCAUCGGCUUCUGCAUCCCCGUCACCGUGUACUUCUUCUACCCCGAGACGAUGGGCCGCAACCUCGAGGAGAUCGACAUGAUGUUCAAGGACUCGCCCUCCAUCUGGGCCACCGUCAAGUUCGCAAAGACCAGGCCCAUCGGCAUGCCGACAGAGUUCGUCCAGGACAAGUCGAAGCACGCUACGGACCAUGUCGAAUAG